AUGAAUAGUUCACCUCACGAUUAUGUACCUCAUUGCUCACCGGCUGAACCGAUCCCGAAUGCAAUCCAGGCAGUUACCGAAAGUCGCCAUUUUAAUGUAGGCGCAAUGGUUUCGCCAAAAUCGGGACCUGGAAGGCCUACACUUACUCAUCAGCAGCCUCUGUACGAUCCAAGCUGCACGUCCACGCGUCUUACUUCAACUACUCAGGUCCAAGCAGGUCCAGUUUCUUCACAAAUGCCUACACGUUCCGCUCAAAUGCCUCUUCUUCCUUCCCAUCCAUCAGUUCCUCAUUACCAGCAGCAGCAGCAAUCAGAACAAUCUUCUUCUAUAGCCAGCACUGAUAUCCCUCCUGCAGCUCCUUCCAGUGCCACUAAUGCCAUAUUCCGUGUACAGAUGUGGUCCAACAACUUUGAUAGUGGAGUUCAUUCCAUGAAUCAUAGCUCGGCACCAUCGAUGUUAUCAGUCAGCUCCUUACGAGCUGGUUCACAAAUAUCAACUAUGUCCGAUGAUGCUCAUUCAAGAAUCGAGUUAACUGAUCAGCAGCAAAUCAAAUUUGAAAAUAUACCAUCAGAUUUAGGACGUGGACCACAAGAUGGCGAAACACGAAACGCGGUUCCUGAACUUAUACACUUACUUAGUGAUGCUGAUGAGGUGGUUGUUCAGCGUGCAGCGACAACAAUACAAACUAUUGCCAAAAUAGACUCAGAAGAACCGUUGUAUGCAGAACCUUAUUUACGAGCAGUUGAAGUGAUAACUGCUUUGAAGGAUUUGUUGAGAACUAAGUCACACAAGCCGGCGAUUAUUAAACCAGCUCUUGGUGCUUUGUUUCAUAUUUCUGAACGACGUGAUGGUCUUGAAAGCAUUUUAAAAAUAAAUGAUCAAACUAAAGGAUCAUUGUUGAUUGAUAUAAUUCAGCAUAUUAAAUUUACCGGUGGUUCAGCUUUACGCUACGCAAUUUUGACGUUUCAUACGAUAAUUGCAGUAAAGUCAGCUGAUGGACAUAAUAUUGAAGUGGCCCGUGCUAAUGGAGCAUUACAAGCCCUAACACAAUUUCUUGAUCGUGAAAGUAACGAAAAACUCCUUUCAGUAAUCGUUGAAUGUGUACGUCUACUUUGUGACAAAAGUCAGUCGCAGAGGGCUCUUUUUCUGCAGUUAAAUGGCCCAUCUAAACUGUUGCAUAUAUUGCGCGUUUUACGCUAUGAAGGUCUGCUGUGGAGAACUACUCAACUUCUAAAAAUUUUCUCGAAUGCGGACCCUCAAGCUAUAGUAAAAUGUGGUGGUUAUGAUGUACUGCAUAAACAAUUGGAACAUGCAAGUCAGCGGCUAAUUAUUUCAACUUUAGAAUGUAUUCGGAAUAUGUCUGAUGUACCAACUAAAGAUAUGGACGUUUCGCCGCUUCUUAAUAAGCUUCUGCAACUUUUAGGUGCAAUGGAUCCAAUUGUUAUUUUAUACUGCACAGGGAUUUUAUCUAAUUUAUUAGCCAACAAUCAAAUGAAUAAAGAGUUUUUAUUCAGUCGAGGUGGAAUCGCUACACUUUAUCGUGUUUUAAUUAGCUCAUAUAAUAUACCAGCUAACACUCCAAAUCAACAACAAAGAGUAGAAGAUAUACAAGAACGUGCUUUAGCAACACUGCGUCAUUUGUGUGUUGGACAUACUCAUCAGGUUGAAGCACAGAAAGCUGUUCUGCAGCAACAGUAUGCUGCAGAUUUUUUACUACGAAAACUUACUGAAAUGAGGCCUUCUAUUUUGAAACAAACUCUUCAGAUUCUAAAUAAAGCUGCUCUUCAAGAUGCUAAUCUUGCAGUUUUUCGUGAAAUUCACCUAAGACAAACACCUGAUUGUGAAACAAAUUUUGUAGAGCGUAUUGUACUGAUUCUAAAAGUUGCUUGUGAUCAACUACCUUCGACGAAAAUGGUGGAGGAAGUACGUGUUGCAGAUCUCGUCCAAUUAUCAUUGUCUACGUUGCAGCUUUUGUGUCGUGACCCACAUCUCUUGAAUCAAAUAUCAUUUUGCAUUCGAAGAGCUGACUUCUUGAUGCUUCGUGAUCGAGACGGUGAUUGCGCAGCACUUCUCCCAGUCUUUUGCUUGUAUCAAAAUUAUGUGAAGGAUGAAAAUUUGGAUAGAAGUGCACUAGGUCUCAUAUACGAACUUUCAUUACAUCCCGAACUUGCUUCAUUAUAUGCUGCUGAUAGUGGAUUAAUGGCAGCUUUACAUCAUUAUUCACAAAGUCGAAAUCAACCUUUCGCUACAUAUGCUAAGCAGGCAUAUGAGCGCAGCAUGCAAGGUGGGAAUCCAUCGCUCUUGUAUCAGAAUUGUCCAAUACCUUCUUCCAAUCACCGUUCACUGUUGCAUUCUACGCAUCCAGAAGGACAUGUUAAUAUACCAUACAAUGGCUACUCAUCUCCUCAAACUCAGUAUGCUCAAAAUCCAUAUGGUACAAACAGUACUUAUAAUACCAUGCCAUCAGCUUCAUCAGUGACCCCUCAGUAUCCUGCAUUAUCACAUCAAACUUCUUUAUCAACAUCUACAUCUCUUACUUCAUAUUCUAACAUGGAAGGUGCUGAUAUCCAAGUACAACAGCAAGCUGUGUCAACAUCUCAGCAAGAAAUGUCGACUAAUCAUCAUCUAACAGGUCCUGUUAUAUAUGGUCGCGAAGGAUCAUCAGAGAAUAAUGUGAACUUAUCAAGUAGUAUGGAAUAUUCAGAAGACGCAUGGCCAGAAGAUCUCUCUGGACUUUCAAUAAGUGACGAUCCAUUUGCAACUAUGUUCACUCAACAGUUCGACUUACCUCAACAAAAGCAUCACCUACGGUUGGCAUGCUCUCCAGGUCGAGGACAUAUUUCUUCAUCUAUAAAUGCUUAUUGUUCGACUCCGCCAAUCAUUAAUACUUCUGAUCAGUCAAUGGAAGGUGUCCAUAUGGAUAGUCCUGAUACGCAGGUCUCUUGGAACGACCCCGCUAAUAGCACCACUUUUGAGGAUUUUCAGAUGUAG